AUGCCAUACCUACCCACAAGCCAGGCCUUCCUGGAACAAUCCGCUCUACUGCUUGAAGCAUACCCAGAGACCACCCGCAUCACAACAAAAUAUGGCUUCCCCUCACAACGACCUUCAGCACAGAAAAAGCCCUCCUCGACACCAAACCCGGAGAUGACCGACUCCCCAGCCUCAACUGCCGCCAACCCCGUCGCAGUCCUCACCCUGAAAACAUACAACCCAACCGCAGGCAUCUGCCUGAAGUACCGCACGAAUAAAGCCGCGGAGGUCGGUCGACUGGUGACCAGCCUGGGCAAGUUGGCGGGCGGUGCGAACGCCGCGGGGCUGGGCCUCUCGGCUCCGGCGCCGACGACAACUGCUUCAGCUACUGCGGAUGUGGAGAUGACGGACGCUCCGGCGGUGGUCGAGGAGGCUGCGAGUGCGAAUGCGAGCAAGACGGAUACGGGUGCUAAGGGUGGGAAAUCAAAGAAGAAAGGCGGGAAGGGAAAGAGGUGA